AUGAUUCGGGUGUCACGCAUCACGUUUGUGAUGGGCUUGGUGCUUCUAGCACAAGCCACUAUCUCACUUGGUGAGGAAGGGAUCACUGUGGCCUGCGCUGCUUACAAUCCCUGUAAAAUAGCCGUUGCCUCCCAUAAUCCCAUCACCCUAACCUGUGUGAACAGGCCCACGGACGCUUCCAUUUAUUGGCAGUAUCGGGAUUUGUCCAAUCCCAGCGCUAAACCCGUUACCCUCGUCCAAGGUCAAGGUUCUAUCUCCACCAUCCCGACAAAGCUUCUGGAGCUGAUGCAACGCCCGACGCUGAUAUCCGGCGAUCUGAAGAUUCUCUCCCCGGAGGUGAAGAACACCGGAGUCUACACCUGCAGAGCUCGAGGGGCGCUUCUAGCUCAUUACACGCUAGAUGUCCAGAAUGCAGAAGACAUUUACAUUUCCCAUGCAAGUCUGGGGCAGAUGGUGCAACCGAAUACCACUUUUGACCUUGGAGAUAAGGGUUCGGGGGAAAUGUUCACGGUUUGGGAGGAAUGGCAGCCCUGUGACAGGUGCGGGGUUCAAGGAGAGAGGAAGAAGCUUGGGUUUUGCUACGCCAGGAUCAACAGCAGCUUGGAUCUGGAAGAGAAGGUUUGGCCGUGCGGCCUCCUGAGAGCCGUCUUCAAAGAUCUUCCGUCCACUCACAAACCUGAACUCAGGAUAGAGAUGUGUGAAGACAGCUGCAAGGAACCAACAUCUUCCAAAAAUGAGGUUGAGCUUCUUCUUGUAGACAACUACUACACCAACCUCCACGGCGACGCAUUACUUAAAUGCCCCACGGCCUCCAUUUACAGACCUGUUUACUGGGAACGUGGAAAUGUGAUGAUAUCGCGUCUACAACAGCUCCGUGGCAGCGGCCCGUAUAUGUUGGAUAACACCACCGGCGGGGGAUCCUUGUUUAUUCCAAUUCUCAACCAAUCAGAUACCGGAAUUUACAAAUGUUUCGUGGACCACCGCCUCGCCGGGAGGUUUAACGUGAUCUUCAACGAGAUGCACUACAACCCAGAGGCCUUGUUUGACGACCCUAUGGACAAAAUGAUGAUUGGGGUCGUCUUAGGCUUAGUCUUCCUGGUUGUUCUAAGCAUCGCCAUAGCUUGCAGGAAAACUUGUAAAGGUACCAUUCACUAAGUUACCGGAGUGAGUGUGUUCAGCCUCAUGUCUAUCUGUCAUCACCUUUACGAUUGUUACCAACUGGAUAUAAAAGAUAUGAUUUUG